AUGUCUUCGGGGUUGACAAGGCGCCGUGGCGCUGGCGGUGCCGCGCAGAACCUCGCAGACUCGGAAGCCACACCCUCGAGAAACAGCUCGUCUCACAACGUCCGCGACGCUGGGCCCGAAACCAGCUACGACACGAGCGAGAAUGGGCACAAGAUCGCCUUUGACCCCAGAGACAUGAGCGAGAGCGCCGAGCGCAGCAAGCAGCCCAAGCUCACCAUGAUGGAGGAGAUCCUCCUGCUGGGCUUGAAAGACAAACAGGGCUACCUCUCCUUCUGGAACGACAACAUCUCCUAUGCGCUGCGCGGCUGCAUCGUCACCGAGCUCGCGUUCCGCGGGCGGAUCAGCAUGGAGAAGGAUCCCGCGCGACGACGCUUACCGCUGGCCGACCGGAACAUUGAGGUGAUUGACGAGACCAUGACCGGCGAGGUCCUCCUCGACGAGGCCCUCAAGAUGAUGAAGCAGAGCGAGAAGAUGAGCGUGGCCACCUGGAUCGACCUCAUGAGCGGCGAGACGUGGAACCUCAUGAAGAUUGGGUACCAGCUCAAGCAGGUGCGCGAGCGCCUGGCCAAGGGCCUCGUGGACAAGGGCAUCCUGCGCACCGAGAAGCGCAACUUCCUCCUCUUCGACAUGGCCACCCACCCCGUCGUCGACGGCGGCGCCAAGGAGGAGAUUCGCCGGCGCGUCCGCAACGUCCUCACGCAGCGCACCGUCGUUCUUAACGGGAGCCAGUGGUUGCCCGAGACCCUCGAGUUCCGCUACCUGCGUACCCUCGCCAUGGUGUGUGCCGCCUACGCCGCCAACGUCCUCGAGAACGCGCUGUCGACGCUCGGCCACGAGGCCCGCGAGCGCGCCUUUGCCCAGACGGACGAGCUGCUCGCCGACUACAGCCAAUGGCCCUUUGGCAAGAAGGCGACCGGCAACGGCAUUGGCGCCAACCUGCCGCAGAUUGUGGCCGAGGAGAUGAGUAAGAACAAAGACAAGGAGCUCCAGCUCGAGGUCGUGGCCGCCUGCUUGAGCGUCUUCACCCGCCUCGACUCGCUGCUGUAG